UUUUUCCUUUCUUUCUUUAUUAUCUCUCUGUAAAAUACCAUCCAUGCUACGACCAACCACUAAUUUGACAAGAUUGACUUUACGGUCUUCAUCAUUACCGUUCACCAUAGUGAGACGCUCUUAUUCUGCAACCAAGCAAUCUGAUGUCAAAUCGACCUCUGAUAAACCAGUAGAGACCACCAUUCAACCCGAUAUUACCACUGUCAAUGACGAUCUUGUGAAAUCAAACGAUACAGCUCAAGAAACAUAUGAAGAACGGGAAAAACGUAUGAAACGAAAUGAAAUAGGUUAUGCAUUUGGAGCAAAUCAUUGGAAUCUGGAACGAGCAUCUGCGGUGGCUUUAGUACCCUUAUUGAGUACACAAUUCAUCUAUGGUGCGCAUCCCAUUGUUGAUGGUUUGGUGAGUGUGGUCCUUCCUUAUCAUAUCUAUAUGGGUUUUGAUUCAUGUAUCACCGAUUAUAUCCCCAAGCGUGUCUAUCCUCGCGGCUACAAAGCUGCUAUGCUCUCUCUCAAGGUAUCUAUGGCAUUGACUAUUUGGGGUUGUUAUGAAUUCAAUACAAACGAUGUGGGUAUCACUGAAGCAAUUCAACGUAUUUGGACCGCCUAGGCACUUGUUAUUAUCCCCCCCCUGUACUUGUAUCUUUUUUUGAUUCUUCCCUUUUAGUAUUAGAUAUAUAUAUCAUCAUCAUUCAAUCACAAAAUACAGUUUGGAAAUAAAUAUAUAAAUUAUUUGUAAAUA